CCGAUUUUAGGCAGUUUCCCGCCAUAUAACACUUAACGGUCGUUCUCCCCCACCGCUCGUCUUUCUUUUUCUACGUGAGUCACGUGCAUUUACCCUCGAAUAUUCCUAGCAAUGGAGUCUGUGAGUGGACAUAAGGUUGGUGAAAUUUUCACCGCAGCCGGAGCAGCAUUCAACAAACUAGGAGAAUUAACUAUGCAGUUGCAUCCCACAACAGAUUCACCAGCAGGUAAAUGGACUGACGAGGAAAUUGAGAUGCUCCGUCACUCGGUAAAGACUUUCAGUGAAGACUUGAACAAAAUAAGUGAACACAUCAAGGGGCGAACGGUCUCGCAAAUUCGAACGACAUUGAAGAAGAAAGCCUUUGAAGAGGCUGGUGUGCCUAUGAGGCAACAAAUGCUUUCUCAACAGACGCAACAAUCUUCAGUCAUACAGCAACAAGUAUCGAAGCAGCAAUCAGGGAAUCAAGGAUUAAUGGGAAAAUCGGCGGAGGUGACUCUAAACAUGUUAAACGCACCCGAGUCGGAGGUGGACGUUGAAGGAUUACCAGAAGAAUGUCAAGUGAAACUUGAAUUCGAGGGUGCAACUGAAGAGGUUGCUUCUUAAUAAAUUGAAAUAUUUCCAAACGCGUUCCUUCCGUUUUCGUUUAAGUCUACGAUUCUUUUCACAUAAUGUACGCUUUUAGUUUUAAGUGAUGAUAAGUUAUGUUUCUCAAGUAAAUUCGUAAAAAUCAAUAA